GGCAUGGGCAUCGGGCUAGUCGAUCGGUUCGGUCUUCAAAGCUAUAAAAUAUGUUAACGGUCUCGAAUUUUCGAAAAUCCGAUUAAAAUGUAAUUAAUUUUCUACGCUCUUGACGGCCAACCUGGACGUUUCGAACAGCAAUAACAAAACAAAAAAAUAAAGUAUAAACCGUCAGUGAUAAUUUAAUGAUAACGUUAUGAUACUGAUUACUGGGUAAAUAAAACUAUAAAAGUAUUAUUAUUCAUAUUUCACAACAAAUAAUAAUUUGUUAUUUAUAUUUUUUUAUUUUAAAUUAGCCAUAUUUUGUGUUGUUAUUUAUUAUUUUUUAUACAAUAUUAUCUUUUCGGUUUUGUUUGAAUUUUUUUUAUACAUAUUAUAUUAUGUAUAAUCAUUUAUUUAACAUUCACUCAAAAAUGUAAACAAUUAUGAUCAAAAAAAUGGACUGGGUCUCUGUUUCUUUUUACCGUGGUUUUUGUAAAAUAAAAACCUUAAUGUUAACCCUUAUAAUUUAUGAUUGAAUUAAACUCUUGAUUAACAAUGAAUAUGAACGGUAAUUUUUGGCGACGGGAGCCUUCUAUUUGUACGGCAGAUGAAGUACCUUAUCCAAGGAUGGAACCUGAAGAGCGACUCGCUUGUUGGGCAGAAAAUCAUAACUAUAGAUUAGGGGAAAAGAUAGGUGAAGGUUCAUUUGGUAAAGUUUUCAAAGCCCUACACAAAGAAACCAACCAAAUAGUUGCCUUCAAAUUUAUUUUCAAGCUCGACAAAUUAAAAACGUUACAACAGGAAGUGGACAUUCAACAGAAAUUACACCAUCCAAACAUUGUCAAAAUGAUUGAGUCAUUUGGAAAUGAAAAUGGGAUUGCCUUAGUCAUGGAGUUUGUGCCUCGAUCACUUAAAGAAAUCAUAGAAAAUGAAGGUAUACUGAGUGAAGAAAGAACACAGGUGAUUAUAUGUCAUCUUGUAUCAGCUUUACACUACUUACACCAGAAAAAUAUUUUACACAGGGAUUUAAAACCACCAAAUAUUUUAUUGGACAACAAUGAUGUUGCAAAAUUAUGUGAUUUUGGUUUAGCAAGGUUUAUGUUAACUGGCACUCAAGUAUUAACUCAAGCAUCACUUAAAGGAACCCCUCUUUACAUGGCUCCUGAAGUGAUAAAUUCUCCUGUUAUACCUCCAAUAUACAAUCAUAAUGCGGAUUUAUGGUCAUUGGGAUGUAUAGCAUAUCAUUUACUUUGUGGUAAACCUCCUUUUGAUACAAAAUGUUUGAUGCAUUUAGUUCAAAUGAUGAAAGAUCAACCAAUAAUUUGGCCAGAUACUGUGUCAGCUGUUUGUCAGAACUUUUUAGAACAACUAUUGCAAAAAAAUCCGUUACAAAGGUUAACGUGGCCUGGCCUAUUAGAACAUGAAUUUUUAAAAAACAAGGUAUACAUGAUAGAUAUGGAUCAAAAUGAGGAAAUAGAUGUCUCAACAGAAUUUGAUAAUAUUGUGUCACCCUUAAACUCAAUGAAAAUAAAUGAAGAAGAAGAAGAAGACUUAGAAGAAGAAGAAGGAGACAAAGAACUCUCGGAUUCUUCUUCGGGUCAUGAUUUUACAUCUAUAGAAGACACAACUGAAGAGGACUUGCGCUCAAGUCAAUCUGGUUGGUGUUCUGAAACUUGUCAUGAGUUAGAUGUGGGUUGUGAUAAAUCUAACUCCACGAAUGAUAUUACAAAUUCUAAUGAUUUUAUGAGCGAAGAAUGGAUUGUAUUUCUACGACAAAGCGCUUCUGAAGUUGUUUCUGGGAAUAUAACAUCUAUGACUCAAAAAAGUUUUAUUCUGGUAGUACUGUCUCCAUUAAAAAGUGGUACCACGUCUUCCAAAUUAUUACACUAUGUUGUUACUGUUCUAGCAAUACCUUUUGUUACUCCAAAUGUUCAACAAACUGAGAAAGACUUAAUAACUCAAAUUUAUAUUGAAACUCAAGUCAUUCCGUGUUUAAUGCAAGCAUUUUCUAAUGCUAUCAAAUCUCCUGCACGUAACUGUGUAUCACCUGCACCACCUGAUAGUAUUGGCAUUCAAGAAUUAGGCAGUCUAGAAUCGGUGCUUCUAUUAGUAGAAGGAUUAUGCUUAGAUAAACCUAUGGAAUGUCUUAAGCAAUUUUCUGAGAGUAUCUAUUUUUUGAAAAUUCUACCACUAUUACAAAAAUGUUUAUCUUUGAGUCAUGUGCAAGACGUAGUUCUUGGGAAACAUUUGGAAGGUAGGAUUUCAAAUGUCGAGCUACAUAAAUUGCUUAGAAACACUGAAGACCCGUCCAUAAGAGAAAGAACAUGUGUCCUUUUAUUACAUAUGACUAGACUAGAUCCUAAUUGUCUUCUAGAAAUUUGGCAUCAAACUCUUACCAAUGAUAUUGAGUUUUUAAAAAGUGACCCAUGCCCUAAUGUUGUCCAGGCUGCUAUUUAUGCAUCUGAACUAUUGAAGAAAACACAAUUCUACCAAGUGGAAACAGAACAAUGAGAGUAUAUAAUCAUAAUUAAAUCAAUACAUUAUGGUUUUUAUUUAAAGUAUUAUCAUACAUUAUUUUAUACUGUAUAUGGAGUGAAAAAGUUAAAUCUAAAUGAGGAUUGAGCCAUAAGAAUAGUGAUAAAUAAUAAGUAACAAUAAUAGUUAUUUAAAUCUAAAUACUUUUUGUUUAAAUUGAUUUAUGACGAAAAUACAAUAUGCUAAAUAGUCAUAAUAAUUAAAUCAUUUGUUUUUAUAUACUCAUAAGCAAGAUAAUAGAUGUAUCAAAACGAAAUAUGAUGUAAAUUAUAUAAUAAUAGUAACAUCCAUUUAGUUUUGUUCGCCAAAAAUAACAGAUAUAUGAGGUAAACACUUAUUACAGAUAAGAUUAACUGUUUUUCAAUAUUAUGCAAACUACUCAAAGAAAAGUAUAGGACAUGAAUAUAAAAUAAUAUUUAUAUAGUUUUUAAAGACUAGUGUUUAUUCUAACAGGAAUAUUAUUGGGAUCUAAACCAAAUAUUCCACGACAUGUAAUAAUGAUUUCCCCACCUACUACAUUUUCAAGUACAUACAAAUUAUAAUUUAUUAAGCUUCAUAAAUACGAUUAUAAAAAUUGUAUACAUGGAGGCCUUGUGUGUCACGAUGGUCAGCCUAAGUCCCUAAUGUGUUAUAAGGUCAAGCAUCGGCCGGUGUUGCUAGCUCCCGGAUGGGUCAUCACCUGGGUUUUUAGUGACAAAUUCUCGCCCCACAUCAUGUAUUCGAUGUUCCACAACCAACCGUAACCCCUUACAAAUUGUUUGUACAUCUUAAAAUACUCAUAACUAGCUUUAAAAUUAGAAUAUAAUAACAUUUUAGAAACUAUUAUGAUUAUAAUCAUUAUUGUGAACAUAGAAUUUGGUAUAUUGUGCAUUGUUCAGAGAAAGAAAAUAAAUAAUGCGCUGACAUCCUCUUAAGAUCAAUAAAAAAAUUGUUUGUUUGUUAUUAAAUAGUUUAUUCUCUUAUUAUGGUACCUAAAUUUCCAACUUCACAACAAAUAUACAACUAUAUUUUAUAAAC